CAAGGCUACUCCCUUGUGUAAGAGAGCCACUGGACUGGUGGUAACAAAAUAACAAAAGCGUCGAAGGUUGCAAGAGUAACGGGGCUUCUUUCCCCACCCCUCACCUCUUCCUCGGCUUCGCUCCCCGCUUUUGGACCCUUAUGCACGGCGGAGAACACGUUUUGGUCCGAUUUUGUGGAAAACCCGCCGGGCGGAAGCGAAGCGCAGAAAAGGAUCCUGAGCUCGGCUUGUUGUUUAUCUGGAGGGAGAGGACUGGAAACCGCCUGUGUCCCAUUUCCUCGCGCGCCCGCGCCUCUUCGUGUGGGGUGUGUGUGUGUGUGUGUUGUGUGCGCGGGGGAGAGAGAGAGAGAGAGAGAGUGGGGUGUCCCCCACCACCACCUUUGCUUCAGCCCUGGAUUCUCCAUGUUGGACCCGAUCUGAGGAGCAUCUACACGGCUGCCUUUGCAAAGAGCUUACUCCUCGGCUUUGCAACUGAAGGAGGAGCGGGGCGCGGGCUCCCUUCUCCAUCGCGUUCAUUCCUUCUCUUGCUUCCUUCCCCCCACCCCACCCCACUCCACUCCUCCUCGGAUAUUUCCCUCCUCCGGACUAAAGGAUCCCCAGGGUCUGUGGGAUUGUUAGAUGGAAAGCCGGUCUAUCAUCACCCAAGUGCAGAGGGACGAAGCCUUGGUCUUUUCAAAACAAGUGUUGGUGUCCAAAUCCUCUCCAAAGAAGCCUCGUGGCCGGAGCAUCUUCAAGGCUCUUUUCUGUUGCCUUCGUGCACAGAAUGUGGGACAGACGGCCUUUGGCAACAAUCAUGGGCUGCAUAAGGAAGAGACAAACACCAUUGCCAAGUCUGAUCUGUUGCAGUGUCUUCAAUACCAGUUUUAUCAGAUUCCUGGAACAUGCCUUCUCCCUGAGGUGACUCAACAAGACCAGGGCCGAAUAUGUGUGGUGAUUGACCUGGAUGAGACCUUAGUGCACAGUUCCUUCAAGCCAAUCAACAACGCUGAUUUCAUUGUGCCGGUGGAGAUAGAGGGAACAACUCAUGAGGUGUAUGUGCUGAAGCGGCCAUUUGUAGAUGAAUUCCUGAGGCGGAUGGGGGAGCUGUUUGAGUGUGUGCUCUUCACUGCCAGCUUAGCUAAGUAUGCUGACCCAGUGACUGACCUUCUGGACAAGUGUGGCGUCUUCCGGGCCCGCCUCUUCCGGGAGUCAUGCGUGUUCCACCAGGGAUGUUACGUGAAGGAUCUCAGCCGGCUGGGCCGUGACCUGCGCAAAACCCUGAUCCUGGACAAUUCUCCAGCUUCCUACAUCUUCCAUCCAGAGAAUGCGGUGCCGGUCCAGUCUUGGUUUGAUGAUAUGACAGACACUGAGCUGCUGAACCUGAUUCCUGUGUUUGAGGAGUUGAGUGGAGCGGAAGAUGUCUACACCAGCCUCGGCCAACUAAGGGCACCCUAACAUUUCCCUAGUGCUGUGGCCGCUGGGGAAACUACUUUUUUUUUUUUCACUCUGUGCCUUCAGUAUUGGCCAGGAGGGAAAGGGAACAGUGCAAUUGCUCCCCAUCACCCUGCCUACAAGGCAGAUACAAGCACUUUGGAGGCAAUAACCUGCCUGGCUGCCUUCUGUGCAAUGCCAGAGCAGUUUCCAACCAGGGUAUGGCUGGAUGCUAGAGCUUCUAGCCUUUCCACCAAGAGCAGGGACACCCAAAAUAACCCCACCCCAUUCCCAAUAGUGCUAGUAUCUAUGCACUGCUCCCCAACCUUUAGGGGAUCCUUCCUUCCUCCUUCCCUCCCUCCCCCCCCUCCCUCCCCAAGGCAAUGCCAAAUGUUUUGGAUGGAUUCUUUAAAAGGUACAUCCUCCUCACUUGCUUAUACAUAUUCUUGGCCGUGCUUCUUACACAGCCCCCCCCAGGCGAAAGUAUGUGGAGACUUCUUUCUCAUCCCUUGGCGGGGGAGUCAGGAUGGCCGCCUCUCCACUCUCAGAUAUUUCAGUUCUUGCCUGAUCUUCUGAUAUAGAGGAUCGUUCUGGGUUGUUUUGAAGUUGUUGCUUUCUUUGCCUGUUUUGUGAAGCUGCCUUUGAUUCACAACCUCUGGUUCCAGGCCUCAUCGCCCUGCUGGCUUUGGGAAACUCUUCCCCCACGUGUGUGUGUGUGUGUGUUUAUUCGUUUUAACAUUCUGUCUUGCAGUUGUGUUUUGCCUCUGAUGAAAGGGGGGGGGGGGGGGCCUGGACUUAGAAAAACCCUUUGCAACAACCUCCCCACCCCUCCCCAGCACUAGUAGCACAUAGCAUUAGUGAGGACAAAGCUAGCCAGCCCCACCAAUGCCACACUCCUUAUUUGCUCAGAGAUAAAGCGUCCCUGCACUCCAGCUUUGACCUGUUUCUUUUGGGGGGGUGGAGGAAGUGACUUCAUUGCCUUAAACAGCACCCAGUUAGGAGGCUGCCAGGUCAGUAGGGUGCCUACUAGGGACCCAGUUCUUCCACUGUCUUUCAGUGUGAAUGAUUGCCCGGAAGAAGGAAGGAUUCUGCUGUUCGUCCCCUGGUGGUUUUACCUCGCUUGAUGACGCUGAAGGCAUAACUUCCCACUCGGGGGUUUGUUCUAGGUUUCCAUCAUUAUAACAUGACAGCCCCUUAGCCCCCCCCCCUUGGAUGGUGACAAUGAGUUGGGGGUGAAUCCAAGAGAUCGUUCCAUGUACGCACAAGCCUGCUUCGUAUGUCGUUUGCCUUAACCAACUGCCUUGCUAUCCUCUCUGUGCUGCAGCUGCUGGGUGGCAAGCAAUUGUGCCACUUUUGGUGUGGCCUCUCCAAUUCCCGUUCUUUCCCCCCCGCCCGCCCCCCAAUGCAUUCUCAAGCUGGUUCCAGCUCCAAGCAACCAAAAGUAGUUGGGAGAGUUUGUUAAUAUUUAUAUCGCAGGGAGUUUUGCCCGUGGGCAUUGGUUUUGUUCUUCCCAGGAUUAAGGUCCUGUGUCCUUUCGAACUGUGCCUGACAUACUGUGAACAUGUGUUUGUCAAGUGCCACUGGGAGCAAGGGAAACCAAAUGGAUCAACAGUGCCGGCUUGCUUUUUUUCCCUCCCCCCCUCCAUCAAUAUAGUACAAGAUAAUCUGUGUCUAGCCAUUGUAGGCCUGAUAGCAAAGAGGAGAGGUAGAGUCCAUGGGGCUCUUUAAAAAAAAAAUGGUGCUGCCUUAUUCGUUAAGGGGUGGCGGGCAAAUUGCAGGUCAUCUCAUCACCUCAGGACCAAAGUUUUGACCUCUGCUCUUGGCUGACCAGCCAGCUGUUAGCCUGACCAACAUGCUAGUUGAUAUUUUCAUCCUCGCUUUAAGUGUGCUGAUCAGUUUUCAGUGGAGCCCUGAGACUGUGUGCGUGCACACUUAGUCAAACUUCAGUCAAUUCUUGAGUGGAAUGGGCCCUGCUCCCCAAUUUUUCCCUGACUUCAUGUUUCUGGUCCCGUUUGGUCUCCCUUGCUGAGGGUCUGGAUUCCUGUGUUUGGGGGAGGAGGAGAGGGAUAGGUUUCCAAUUUCAGACACCAACAAGGAAGUUCUUUCCCUCCCUCGCAGUUCAAGCCAGCAGCUACUUACGCACACAAAUCAGAGGAGCCGUUAAACUUUGCAAAGUUAAUGAAUGUUGGGAAGAACAAACCCUUUUUGUUUUCCCUUCCUAUUCUCACAGCUUUGUUUUUGCUUUGUGUCAGCCGAAGACCAAUUGCCUCUCUCUUCCUCCCUCCCUUCCUCCUUCUCAUGCCAGCAGCUGCCCCAGCCCCUUCUUCAAGACGAAACAGGUUUCUAGUCCUUUGUUGGACACAGAGGUUAGAUGCUGCCCCCUGAAGGGAAGGAAGAAAAAAAUAAAGAAAAGAAAAACCAAUUCCUAGUAACCUUAGCCAGUGUAUGGUCGUAGGUGAGAGAUGCUGGGGAUUGUAGUCCAACGUGCUCUACAUUUGCUGCAGAAAUCACUUUUUUUAAGCCUUAAAGAGGGUGGGAUUACGAUGAGAAGAAGGCAACCCAUUUAUUCUCUAAAUUGCAGUGGGCAACAUCGCAGUCCUGGCAUGGAGGGAUCUGUAUGAAAUGAGUGAUCUGAAAAGAGGCAGAUUGGGGGUGGGGGAGGUAUUUGGUUUUACCAAGUGGGGGGAAAGAAAAGGGUUGCUGAGAGCCAUGUGGACGUGGUGAGGAAUCCCUUUGGACAAUCCUGCAUGGAGGGAAAAGCAGUGGUCGCAGGACUUCAGUAAGUAGCAGCACCUGCCAUGUUGCCCAUAAAUGCUCAUUCCCACUCUUGAGUCAAGAUUGUAAAUCAUGUUUUAGAGCCAUAAGGAUUCCUGGGUCCAAACUACCAUGUUGGGAUUGUGCCUUGAUUGAACCAUGGUUAAUGAGGGUAGAACUCCAGCCAAGAGGUGGCCCCAGCACUUUACCAGGGCCAUGCCUUUAAUGGCUGCCCCAUAUACUGACUACACUAAAGACACAUACACACACAAAU